AUGCCAUCAUCUGUGGUCCAGCUCUUUUUCCUCCAGCUUAUCCUAGGGCCAACUCUGGUGAUGGACACCAAGCUGCAGAAUGUCAUCCAGAACUUCCGCACCUUACACAUUGACUACCCAAAAGUGAACUACCCAAAGGGUUUCCAUGGUUACUGUAAUGGUUUUAUGGCCUAUGUGAGGGGAAGAAUGCAAGACUGGUAUUGCCCAAAGAUCCAUUAUGUGAUACACACCCCCUGGGAAGUGAUCCUGAAGUUCUGCAAGUAUAGCGAGAGUUUCUGUGAGAAUUAUAAUGAAUACUGCACACUCACCCAGGAAACAUUCCCUCUCACAGUCUGCACCCUAGACCCUAAACAGCCACCAACCAGCUGUCACUACAGUAGCACCUUAACUAACCAAAGGCUCUACCUGCUUUGUUCCCAAAAAUCUGAUGCUGAACCAAUGGGCAUCAUUGGAGUCUACUAG